AUGAUCUCGCCCACGCGGGCCGCUGCCGCGCCGCAGCGCGCCUCACCGUCGCUGCCGGCGGCAACGCAGCACGCGCAGCCCGUGGCGUCCACAUCGGCACACACGCUUGACGCCGCGCCGCCGCCGCCGCCGCAGGGCGUGUUUGCCGCUUCGCCGCGGCCGGCGCCAUCGCCCGCGCUGCCGGCGCCUGCCGCUGCCGAGCCGCAGUCGCAGGCCGAUGCAGAUGCCGCGGCGGACGCGGCGGCGGAGGAGGCCAUCGCGCGUAUGGGACUCAGCCCGGCCGAUGCUUCGCUGCUCGCGUCGCUCUCUGCAUCAGACCACAAUGCCGCGGUCGAGCUGCUCGCGGCGCUGGGUGCGCAGAUCAAACCUGAGCCGGGCGAUGACCAGCAGGCACUACAUCCGUACGAUGGCGCUGCUGGCGCGCCGGCCGGCGACAGCGAGGGUGACGGCAUGCGCGACCUCGCCGCGCUGACAGGCAUCCCGAUCGCGUCGGUCUGGUCGAACUCUGCGCCGCCGAGCCUCGCGGCUCACAGCAUGCACUCAACGCCGCAGCCCUUCUCGCGCCCGCGCUCGCCCGAUCCGCGGCCAGACAGCGAGCCGCCGUUCCACUCCUUCUGGAACACGCCGCCGCCGUUUGCGCAUCCGCUUGCGCCCGAUACGGCAGCACCUGCGGCGUAUGAGGCGGCGCCGGCGUCGCUCGGCGAGCUGGCGCCGGAAGUCAAGGCGCCGACGCCGCCGCGGGAAGCGUCACCCGGGCCCAUCGCAGCGUACGCAAAGCUCGAGUUCCCGGGCUUCAGCUACUAUCUGCAGACCCUCUCUGUCACCAUCGGCCGACGGCCGGCGCACAUCGCCGGUCCCGAGCCCGGCGCGGAGAAGCACACGCACCUGACGGGUCUCGAUCGUGUCGACGGCGACGUGGACGUGGAUCUCGGCCCUCUCAAGUCUAUCUCGCGCCUGCACGCGCGCAUCUUCUAUCGCAGCGCCGCAGAGGUGCCGUGGGAUGCCUGGAGCCUUGCGCCGCGCGAGGAGGCCAGCUUUGUGUUUCAAGUGCUCGGGCGCAAUGGCGCGUUCGUCGAUGAUGUCUUUGUUGGCAAGGACGGCAUGCUGCCGCUCGGCAAGCGGACAAAGAUCCAGAUCGCAGAACGCGUCUUCUACUUUGUCUUGCCGCCCGCAGCCAUGCCCGCCCAGCCGGCGCCGCCGUCGCCGACGCGCUCCAUCAUGAUGGGCUCCGUCUCCUCGCUCUCCGACCUCUCCGCGACCUCCUCGUCCUCCUCGGACGAGAGCGACUCGUCCGACCUCUCGUCUGCCGAGGAGGAGGACAGCGGCGACGAUGACAGCGACGACGUCGAGGAGGUUAGCGCCGCGGCUGCUGCAGCUGCUGCCAAGGCGCGGCCACGGCUGGUGCUCAAGAAGAAGGCCAGCACCGACGCCGUGUCUGCAGCGGCAGGGCCCUCGCAGCCGCGCGGCGGCAAGGGCGGCGGCAAGGCGUGGCAUGGCAAGUCUGUCAAGUCACAUCCCGUGCCGGCGCCUGCGCCGCUUGACAGCGACGACAGCAUGGACAGCCUUUCCAGCAGCAGCAGUAGUAGCAGCAGCAGCAGUAGCAGCAGCAGUAGCGACGACUCGGACGCGCAGCCGGCCGGUGGCAAGAAGGGCAAGUCGCCGAGAAAGGGCAAGAAGCCGGCGGAGCCCGCGGCCGGGGCGCAGAAGUCGACGCUGCCCAAGAAGGUUGCGGCAGUGGCGCCAAAGUGGACGACGGGCGUCGGCAUCGCUGGGCGCAAGCGCAAGCGUGGCGAGGCCGUGGAAGAGGAAGACGCGGCAGCGCUGCGCGUGGGCACGCCGAUUGGCAUCGAGGCCCUCGACGCAGAGCGGCGCGCAAAGGCCGCGAAGCGCAAGGCUGCCGCCAGUGGCACAGCGACGCCGGCUGCGGGCACACCCGCGCCGACAGGCGCGCCCGAUGCCAAGCCUGGCGCCGCACUGGCGGCGCAGGCCAACGACCCCUCCGGCAGUCUCUUCUCUCCUGCGCGCGCAAAGGCGCUGCUGGCGUCCUUCUCGCCGCCGCCGGCGUCUGCGCCUCCGCGCGCCUCUCCGCUGGCCGGUGCCGCCGCAGUGCCGGCAGCGACAGAGAGCGCGUCGCCCGCCGUCUCCAGCAAGCCACUCGAUGCGAGCGCAGCUCUCAAGGCAAAGGUGAAGAAGGCCAAGCCCACACCGCCCCCCGCGGCUGCUGGCUCUGCGCAGCCGUCUGCGAACGGGGCACCCAGCGCGGCUGCAGCUGCAGCACCGUGGGCCAGCAUUGCGGGCGGCAGCGCGCCUGCAAGCCCCAGUUUGCAGCAGUCUGCUGCGAUUGCACAGGCGGUGCAGGCGUCUCUGGCGCCGCCAGGCUCAACAGUGUUGGGCCCGCCUGGGCGCGUCUCUGUGCAGGCUGCUGGGACGCGGCCUGCUCAGCCUUUGGCAGCUCCAGGCGCUGUUGCGGGUGCGGCGACACCCCGGCCAGUGGUCGCCGGCGCUCAGCCUGCAGGCGUGCAGCGGCCUUUGGGCACGACAGGAGCGGUCGCUGGUGCGCCUCGGCCGCCGACGGCCAAUGGACAGCCAGCCGGCGCCCCUGGGAUCGCGGCUCGUCCUGCGGUCCCUGGACAGCCCGCCGCGCCUCGCCCAGUCGGGCCGCCAGCUACAGCGGCAAAUGGUGCCAUCCCGCGGCCUGUCGCGCCCGCCGGCACAGCAGCUGUGCCUGCCGCGGCGGCACCCGCGCGCGCUGCCGACGGGACGCCCAUUGCGGCUGCUGCGAAGCCGGCGCCGGGGCCAGAGGAAAAGCCGGAUCUCACGAACCAGCAGGUCAUCAAGCUCGCGCUCGGCUCGGAGGAGGCGGCGCAGCGCAGCGGCAAGAUGACGCUGCAGGACGUGUACGACUACAUGACGGCGCGCUGGCCGUGGUACAAGAACAACAACCGCACCAGCGGCAAGGACUGGAAGAGCUCCGUGCGCCACGCCAUCACGUCGUCGCGCGACUUUACGCGCAUCCCGCGCGCAGCCAACGAGCCGGGCAAGGGCGUCUUCUACGCGCUCUCGACGAGCCAGGCGGCGAUCCAGUACCGCGCAGAGCAGGCCGCAGCCGACGCCGCCGCUGCGCGGAACGGAAGUGCGCCUGCUGCACCUGUCGCAGGCACUGCACCAGCUCCGACGGCGCAGGUCGCUGCGCCUGCGGCCGGUCCGAGCGUGCCAGCCGUGGCGCGGCCCGCGCCUGUGGCAGCGCCGGGUGUUGCUGCUGCGCCACGACCAGCCGGCGCGCCCCUGCCGAGACCUCCAGGCAGCGUCGCUGUUCCUGGCCAGGCUGCCGUGCCGCGGCCGCUGGGUGCCCAGACUACGCCGGCGGGUGUGGCGCGGCCGCCAGGCGCGCCUCUCACUGCCGCGCCUCGGCCGCCUGGCUCCACGUUGCCCGCUGCAGCGCCGCGACCGGCCGUGGGCGCAGCAGGUGCGCCAGCUGCACAGCCGAGACCGCCUGGCACGCCGCUUCCAGCAGGUGUCAGGCCAGCUGUCGCGCCGGGCACGCAGCCACGACCAGCAGGCGCACUCCCGCCGGGACAGGUGCGGCCUCCGGGCGCGCCGCAGCCGCGCCCGGCCAUGCCGCCGGGCCAGGUGCCUGCCGCCGUAGCGCGCCCGAAUGGCGCUCCUGCUGCGACACCAGCCACCGCAUCGGCGCCUGCACCCUCGCCCGCGGCUGUGCAGAGCAGCGCCGCGCCCGUUGCUCGGCCUGCCCCAGUGCCGGCGCCUAAACCCAAGGCAGCCUCUCCCGCAGGCACAGCCGCACGGCCGAGUCCGGCCGCCAAGAGCGGCGCGCCGCGCGUGCCGAUCGUCAUUGGCAACCCGCCGGCCGCGGCCAAGCCUCCGGUGCAGGCCAAGAACGCCAUGGCCGGCUCGAUCGACGCGCUCUUCGGCGGCCCGCCCAUCGUGCAUCACGAGGGCAAGCUGUACCUGAGCCCGCAGGUGUUUGGAAAGCUGCCCGCCACCGAGAUCACGCGCAUUGCCGGACUCGGCGCGCAGGCGGCGCUCCAGGCCGCGCGGCGUCUGCGGCAUCGCCUCCAGCUCCGUCACCUGCAGCAGGCGCGUCCACCGCUGCCGCCAGCCCGCCUGCGCCAUCUCCCGCACCAGCAGCUGCACCAGUCGUCGCGCCGCGUCCUGCUGCGGCCGCUGGACCACCUCGUCCGGUGGCUCAGGGGACUCCGGUCGGUGCAGCGCGUCCAGCGGCGCCCAGUCCCGCAGGAGCUGCGCCUGUGCGUCCGCCUGCAGGUCAGACGCCGGUUCGCGCUGCCGUGCCGGCUUCUGGUGCAGCUUCUGCGGCACCGCGCCCAGCUGGUGCUCCUGUCGCCGGACAGACGACGCCUCAAGCUCGUCCACCUGGGCCGCCUCGUCCCCUUGCGCCCGGCACACAGCCUGCUCGUCCCGCGACGCCAGUUGCAGGUGCUCCACGCCCUCCAGGCGCCGUUGCGGGCACGCCCGUGCGCCCAGCCGGCACGCCGACUGGCGUUCCGCGGCCCGCUCCCGGGCAGCCGGGAUACCGGCCGCCUCCGGCCCCUGGACAGCCAGGCUAUCGGCCGCCGCCUGCCCCUGGCCAACCUGGAUACCGCCCGCCGGGCACGCCUGGGCAGGGACCGCCUCGCCCCGCGCCUGCGCCAGGCCAGCAGGCAGCUCGGCCGCCGGUAG